GUGAGCAACGCCUUUUUUUAUUUUCCAGUGAAGCGGCCGUGCAGUUUAAAGGAGUGGAUUAAAGGCGGCUGAAAUUGGCCUUUUUCUUUUGAUUUUUGCAUCACAGCUUGAACGUAUCUCGAAUUAACUCAAGGCUGUAAAAAUGUGGAUCCAGGUGCGCACCAUGGAUGGAAAAGAGACCCACCGAAUUGAUUCCUUGUCCAAGCUGACCAAGGUGGAUGACUUAAGAGUUAAGAUAAUGGAAGCCUUUAAUGUGGAGCCAGAAAGGCAGAGACUAUUCUACAGGGGAAAGCAGAUGGAAGAUGGACAUACCAUUUUUGAUUACAAUGUGGGACUGAAUGACAUUGUGCAGCUUCUGGUGCGACAGAAUGCACCUGUUUGCCCAUCUACACAGAAAGAAAAGGAAGGAGAGCUGUCUGAUUCAGACUCUGGCUGUGGAUCAGCCCAGAGUGAGUCUGAUAAGAACUCCAACAAUGGCGAGGCUGGCAUGGAAGCAGAGGGACAGGCUGGUUCCUCUGUGCAAGCUGACCUUUUUGAUCCAGGAUUUGGCUUCUACAAAAUUAACGAGUUUGUGGAUGCACGAGACUUGAACAUGGGAGCCUGGUUUGAAGCUCAGAUUGUUAAUGUGACUAAAGAAACAAAAGGCACUUUGCAUCAGGAUGGCGGACUGUCUGGCCAGAAAGACGAAAGCUCUAUAGUGUACCAUGUCAAAUAUGAAGACUAUCCUGAAAAUGGAGUGGUCCAAAUGAAGGGCAAAGAUGUCCGUCCACGUGCUAGAACUGUAUUACAGUGGCAUCAGUUAGAGGUGGGAAUGGUGGUGAUGGUUAACUAUAACCCUGAUGAACCAAAAGAGAGGGGCUAUUGGUAUGAUGCAGAAAUCCAGAAAAAGCGAGAGACUCGUACUAUCCGGGAAAUAUAUGCCAAGAUAUUACUGGGGGAUGCUGGUGACUCAUUAAAUGAUUGUAAAAUAAUUUUUGUCAAUGAGAUCUAUAAGAUUGAAGAACCAGGAAGUGGCACUCCCCCCUGUUCAGAGAGUCCCAUGAAAAGGACAAAUGGCCCAGAGUGUAAACUCUGCAAGGACGAUCCUCAGAAAAAUUGCCGUAUGUGUAAUUGCCAUGUGUGUGGAAUAAAGCAAGACCCUGAUAAGCAGUUGCUAUGCGAUGAGUGUGAUAUGGCCUUUCACAUGUAUUGUCUCAAUCCUCCACUACUUAGCAUCCCGGAAGAUGAGGACUGGUAUUGUCCAGGCUGUCGCAAUGAUACAAGUGAAGUGGUGCUUGCAGGAGAGAAGCUAAAAGAAAGCAAGAAGAAAGCUAAGAUGGCAUCUGCAACCUCUUCAAGCCAAAGAGACUGGGGCAAGGGAAUGGCAUGUGUUGGUCGCACAAAGCAGUGCACAAUUGUUCCUUCAAACCACUAUGGUCGUAUUCCAGGAAUACCUGUGGGUACAUUAUGGAAAUUUAGGGUGCAGGUCAGCGAAUCUGGGGUGCACAGGCCUCAUGUGGCUGGAAUUCAUGGUCGAAGCAACGAUGGAGCUUAUUCCUUAGUGCUGGCUGGUGGUUAUGAAGAUGAUGUGGACAAUGGCAAUGAAUUCACCUACACUGGAUCUGGUGGUCGAGAUCUGUCUGGGAACAAGCGUACAGCUGAACAAUCCUGCGAUCAGAAACUCUCUAACAUGAACAGAGCUUUGGCCUUGAAUUGUAAUGCUCCAUUGAAUGACAAGGAUGGGGCUGAAGCGAAGGACUGGAAAGCAGGAAAACCAGUCAGAGUGAUUAGAAGCUCCAAAGGGCGCAAGCAUAGCAAGUAUUGCCCAGAAGAUGGAAAUAGAUAUGAUGGCAUCUACAAGGUGGUCAAAUAUUGGCCUGAGAAAGGAAAGUCUGGUUUUCUAGUGUGGAGAUAUUUAUUAAAGAGGAAUGAUGAAGAAGCUGCACCUUGGACAAAGGACGGGAAGGAGAGGAUCAAGAAACUGGGUCUGACUAUGCAGUAUCCAGAGGGUUACUUGGAAGCUGUUGCUGCAAAAGAGAAGGAAAAAUUAAAGGACGAAGAGGAUGAAGAUGUGGAAUCCACACCAAGCAAGGGCAAGAGAAAGAGGAAAUCGGAGACCACAGACAGGGUAUCUCCAUCUCCAAGCAAGAAAACUCCAAAGAAGGUAAAAGUUGAAGCUUAUAAGCUGACAAAGGAACAAAAAGAGAUGAUUAAAGAGGAUGAGUUGAACAAAAAGCUCUGGAACGAAGCAUUGGAGGCCCUUAAAGAAGGACCGAAAUUUCUUAAUAAAGUUGAAGAGAUAUUCCUGUGCAUUUGCUGUCAAGAGGUUGUCUUCCAGCCAGUUACAACAGAAUGUCAGCAUAACGUCUGCAAGGAAUGCCUACAGCGCUCCUUCAGGGCUGACGUGUUCACUUGUCCAGCUUGCCGAUACGAUUUGGGAAAAGCUUACACUAUGGUGGUCAACAAGAAGCUUCAAAGUAUACUCACCCUAUUUUUUCCAGGGUAUAGCAGUGGUCGAUGUUAACUAUCAGUCUAUAAGGAGUUUGGAAUAAGUGGAAUAAAAAAAAUGGUUUUAAUGAACUAUGCGCUUAUCAAAAACAGUCCCUCUCAUGAAUAUAUAGCCAGAUAUUUUGUCACUUGAAACUGAUCAAGUCUUCACUUUUUUUCUAUCUCUCCCU